AUGGAUGGAGGGGACUCAGGCAUUGCAGCAGAUGGAACUAUCAAGACAUACAUGUUGGCCUAUGGCCACGGGUUCGCUGUUCCGAAGAUACGUCACAGGAGCCGGAUGCCCAGCCGGAGUUUUCGAAUCAUUUCCGAUGGGGUGGUCGCAACAGUCGUGAUAUUCCUCCUCGUUCGUUGUGCAUUGCAACUAGCAGGCAAAAGGAGCUUGAACGCCUGGUCCCAGGGGAGGCUCGCGGAACAAGCCUCUCCGUGCGAACCAAGAAAGACAAAUAAAAGUCCAAAUAAAAGAAGGGAAGCUCCAAGGGAGCGUCAGCGUGAACCACGUACACCUUACACACCACCAGAGUCUGCAGACGCUUCAGCACCAGCAGAAUCUGUUGGGAAUGAUGCGCACCAUCAGCCUUCAGAAGAGCCUCGUGGGCGUGCGACUCCUACGGUAACUGAGGCAACUGCAGCUGCUGGUGGUGAACAGGCAGAGCAGGCCGAAGCUCCAGAGCCUGAUGGGCCAAGCGGAGCAACGGGAUCUGUUCUUUCUGCAGGGCGGGAAGAUCAAAAGGAAGAAGGUCAAGGGUUGCCAGACCCUUGUGCGCCGCCGACGGCUGCGGGAAGGAAGGGAGUUUCCGCUGAUGGUCGAAGAGGAGCAGCACAAUGGCCUCGGUGCACAAUGCCCUUUCGAUCAGCAGGCACUGCGGGAGUUGGGGGAUACUCGACAGGGAGUGAAGGAGGGACAACGCAGCAGCCUGGACACCCAGCAUAUCGGUUACCUACCGGUGCGGAGGGUGCUUGGGCAGAUUCACGGGCAAGUUCGAUAGGCGGGACACAGCAGCUUGUGUUUCCAUUGUCGGAUAUGCCAGCAGUCGCUGCAGAGGGUGGGGAGUCUGGGGAACAGCCAGCAGCUGUACCAGAACAGCCUACCGGGCAGCGAAUGCCUGACUCGCAGGGUCCUGAGCGUCCUGCAGGAAGUCGCGAUGCACAGGAACCACAGCAGAAGCCAGCAACGCCCCGAACGCCAGCAGCAGCUUUGGGUAGCUGGGAAGCUGGGGGAGCGCAACCUGUUGCACAAGCAGACCAUACCAGUGCGGACGGCUGGGGGUCUCGGGAAGCUACAGCAGCUGGCGAAAGGGCGCAUCUCAAAGCACGAGCAGCCCAACGAACAGCUGCAGUUUCUUUUACCGAGGCAGCUGGUCCUCUCUUAACCAGGAUAAAGCGAGCAGUCACAUCCGUAAAAGCAAUCGAUGUUUUACGUCUACCUGGUCUACGGAAAGAGUGGCCAUUCGAUUUCCCACUAAUCGGCGAAUCGAAUACGGUAGAAGACUUGAACGGCGUGCUGCUACUUCUUCAAAGUCUUAGGCACCACCGCAGACCUGGCCAUUCCGAGCGAUUCACGACAACAUUUAGAGGCUUUACUUUCGAGAUUACUGUUUCGCAUGAGGUUGCCUCUCCUAAUUGGCCAGAUGGCAAAGUAAGUUGGGCGACAUUCAUGAGGAACGAGCCCGAAUGGCUGAAUGGUCGGCUAUUGCUCCCCGGAGGAGGUUCCGUUCGUCCACUCGAUGACGUUCACCAUACGCUUAUAUCUCUCCGAUUUCUAUCUGCGCCGCAGAUUCUGCACGCCGCCGCGAAAUACAUGCAAAACUUCUUUGCGGAUGUGACAGCACUUUUCGAGAAUGGAGACAGUCGAUCCUUCAUCGAGAGAGACGUGCCGUUUAAGACGGAGCAGGACGACAAUAUAGUGGGUUCUGCUACAAUUCGACUUGUCGGGGCAGAGUGGGUGGCUCGGUGGGAGCACAAGGAGCAGCUGCAGGACGGAGGAGGCAACUCGUCGUGA